AUGUCAUCUCAAGCUACCUCUGAACACUCUGGCCAUCCUCCAGUCCGACGCGUCGUAACAGGGCACACACCCGAAGGGAAGUCAAUCGUAGUCGAAGAUGCACAAAUCGAGUCCCACCCGUUUCCCGGCUCGAGUGCACUUUUUACUAAUCUCUAUUGGACGGAAACCUCACCUCCAUCGAACGACGUAGCCUUCAGAGAUCUUGCGAAGGAACAUGCUAAAGAACUAUUUCCAUCCGAAGGAAGUACGUUCCUCGUAGUUGAAGUGCCUCCUGGAAAAGGAUCAAAACUCCACCGCACUGUCUCACUCGAUUACGGUGUCCUAACACACGGUCAAAUCACACUGAUUCUAGAGGACGACAAACGCGUCAUCUUGAAUCCAGGGGACGUAGUCGUCCAGAGGGGAACAUUGCAUGCCUUUGUCAAUGAGGGUACUGAAUGGUCUCGCAUGUACUUUGUUGCUAUGCCUGCUCAGAAAGUCAGGAUUGGAGAUAAAGAGCUAGAUGGAGAGUCCCGUGGAUGAGAAAUUGCUGAAAAUGAAU